AAUGCACCGUUCAGCUGAGAAGCGAAAAGGAAGCACAUGAAGAAGAAAAAGAGGAAGUCCUUCCGCCGCUCGGCCCGCGAAACUCUGCUCUUCUGUUUACAUGUGUGCCGGAGGACGAGCUGUGUUAGAGCUCAAAUGAUUCUGGUCUUCGAUUAAAUAUUUGUUUCCUGGUGAAAUCAACAGGUGUUCACCAUGUUGAUGAGCCCGGAGCAGGAGGCUCUGAUUGGCCGGGUAUUUGAAAGCUACCUGACAGAGCAUCACCAUGACGACAUCCUCCAGCUGAUCGAAGACGGCGAUGAAGAGACCCGACACCCUGUGGUUGUAAACGCCAUGACGCUGUUUGAAGCCAAUAUGGAGGUCGGGGAUUAUUUUAACGCCUAUCCCCACCAUGUGCUGGCUAUAUUUGACAAAGUGUUACACAGAAGAGCCAUGGAGUUAGCAGAGAAAGCCUCCCUGAAGCCCAGACUGAGACACGCCCCUCAUGCCAGAAUCACAGGUCUGCCCGUGUGUCCCGAGCUCACCAGAGACACCAUCCCCAGGUCCAGAGAUGUCGGACACUUUCUGUCCGUCACCGGCACGGUCAUACGCACCAGCGUUGCCAAGGUGCUGGAGUACGAGCGGGAUUACAUGUGCAACAAGUGUCGCCAUGUUUUCAUGGUGCAGGCAGAUUUUGAUCAGUUCUACACCUUUGUACCUCCUGUGUCCUGUCCUAACCCCGACGCCUGUCACUCCUUUAAAUUCACCUGUCUGACUGACGGAUCUGAGCCCGGAGCCUGUCGAGACUACCAGGAGAUCAAGAUCCAAGAGCAGGUACAGAGGCUGUCAGUGGGCAGUAUUCCUCGUUCCAUGGUGGUGGUUCUGGAGGACGACCUGGUUGACAUCUGUAAAUCUGGUGACGAUGUGACCGUGUACGGCGUGAUGGGUCAGCGCUGGAAGCCUUUCUACGACGGCUCUCGCUGCGACGUGGAGCUGGUGCUCAAAGCCAAUAACAUUGAAGUGAACAACCAGCAGGCUGCGGCGGCUCUGCUCAUGAAGGACAUUCAGAAAGAGUUUGAUGAAUUCUGGGAAAGCUCUAAACAUGAUCCCAUGGCUGCCAGGAACCAGAUUCUGUUGAGUCUGUGCCCUCAGGUGUUUGGCAUGUACGUGGUUAAACUGGCGGUUGCCAUGGUGUUGGCUGGUGGCGUGCAGAGAAUAGAUUCUUCGGGGACAAAGAUCAGAGGUGAGUGUCACAUGCUGCUGGUGGGCGACCCCGGCACAGGGAAGUCUCAGUUCCUGAAGUAUUCAGCUAAGAUCAUGCCUCGCUCUGUUCUCACAGCUGGGAUUGGAUCAACAAGUGCAGGACUGACCGUAGCAGCGGUGAGAGACGGAGGUGAGUGGCACCUGGAGGCUGGAGCUCUGGUCCUGUCAGACGGAGGUCUGUGCUGCAUCGAUGAGUUCAACAGCAUCAAAGAACAUGACCGCAUCAGCAUCCAUGAAGCUAUGGAGCAGCAGUCCAUCAGUGUGGCCAAAGCUGGUAUGGUGUGUAAGCUAAACACUCGCACCACCAUUCUGGCAGCCGCCAACCCUAAAGGCCAGUACGACCCCAACGAGCCGCUGUCUGUCAACGUGGCCCUGGCCAGCCCUCUACUCAGUCGAUUCGACCUGGUUCUUGUUCUGCUGGAUACCAAGAACGCCGAGUGGGACCGUGUCAUCUCCUCCUUCAUCCUGGAGGACAGAGGACUUGCUGCUGAGUCUUCAGGCCUGUGGUCCAUGGAGAAAAUGAAGGCUUAUUUCAGUGUGAUCAAACGGCUGCAGCCGCAGCUGUCUGAAGACGCCAACAGCAUCCUGACCCGUUACUACCAGCUACAGAGACAGAGUGACGGACGCAAUGCUGCACGCACCACCAUCCGCAUGCUGGAGAGUCUGAGCAGACUGGCUGAAGCUCAUGCCAAGCUCAUGUACAGAGAGACAGUGACCAUAGAGGACGCCAUCAUGGCUGUCUCUGUUAUGGAGUGCUCCAUGCAGGGUGGAGCUCUGCUGGGGAAUGUAAAUGCUUUACUCACCUCGUUCCCCGCUGUGCCCUGUGAGCAGUAUCACACUCAGUGUCGGACUCUGCUGCAGGGACUCAACCUGCCUCAGUUGCUGCAGAAGGAGACUAGCAGAUUGAGCAGGAUGAAGAGGGACGCCUCAGGUGUGCCAUCACCUGUUGAUGAUCCCCAGCAUCAACUCAGAGACCCAGACUCCGCCCCCUGCACAAACAGACAUGAUGUGACGAGCAGCUGUAAGGGUGAUGUCACAGUGGAGGGAGGCCUGGAUUGGUUUCAUUCCAUCGAUCAGUCAGUGUCGCCUGACGGCAUGGCCCCGCCCGUCAUUACAUCCACUCAGGUGAACCUGAACACAGGAGGAAACUCAGAAAGGUCAGGGACAAACGGCGUGAUCAGGGACCGCACGUUAAUCCGCGAUGCUGGUUCACAUCGUGUCACCUCCGCUUCACAGGAAGAAAAGCAGGAGAAGAAGAAACAAUCUGAGAGAUGGACAGAUCAUCCAGAGUCCUCAAGGUUUGUGUUCCAAAAAGUCUCUAAGAAACUGCGAGACAAACGAGUGAAGGAGCUGAGUGGUCUUCAUCAAGAGCCUGCCUCAGAGGGGGCGGAGCCUACCUCAGAGGGAGGAGGAGAGGGGGCGGAGCCUGCUGAUAAACAUGUGACUGACAGGAGCAGCUCACUGCCAUUGGAUAACUCCCAACCCUCCAAAUGCUUUGUCAAGAAUCACCUGAGCAGCGCCGGCUCAGAAAGAACACCUGAGGAGGACAACAGGAGAGACGAGACCAAAGACAUCAGUGCUGCACUGAGGGAGAAGAAGACCGACGAGGAAGAAACAGGAGAAGAACUGCGCUCAAAGUUGUCCGGGUUUAUAUUCAAACCAAGAAAGAUGAGAGCUUCAGCACACAGUGACAUCCUGAAGGUCAGCGCAGGAAUCCUGGAUGAGACAGGGAGCGGAAGAAGAGAAGUGAAAGGAGCUGGUCAGGAUGACACAGAGAAGAAGAAAAGUCUGAAUCAGAGAGAUUUGGAAGGUGAAGGCAGCGAGAAGGAGGACGAGUCUGCAAGCAGAAGAAUGAUGGGAAGUGAUGACAUCAUAAAGUCUCCUGUGGCUUCAUCAACGCUCGCCAAACUCUCCAGAUUCUCCUUCAGCUGCUCCAAGGAACAAUCGGCUGCAGCUCAGACUGACGAGGACAUGAAUCCUCAAAGAGAAGAAACCCAGAGAACAGAUCCUCCUGCAGGACUGAAACCUGUGAGAAUGGUGGACCAAAUCAAAGAUUUGUUAAACCCAGGACAGAGACACCAACAGUUUGAUCCUGCAGAAACAGUGAAGGACGUUCCUGCUGAACCGCAGAUUCCAGUCGUUGUGAGGAAGAGGAAGUGUUUUGAGCUGGGCCGUCCUCACAGCAGUUCUGCUACUUUCUCUCUCUUCGGUUCUGUGGACUUCAGUAACGACGUCCUCGACACUGACUGGGACCAGGAGGUUUCUAAGAAAGCCAAAAUCUGAACUCUCACUGGAUCAAAGGCAAUAAUGUACCAAAGAAAUGCAGGAUUUUCUGCGUUUCUGUGUCCAGUUUAUAAAUGGAGGAGACAAUAUGUUCAUUCUUCUCUCCUGCUGACUCAUUCAGAUGUUUUUUCUCACUUGAACUUGAAAUUCUGAAAUUUGCCUGCAGACAAGGAGACUGCUUUCUUCAUUGUUUGCAGCAUUACAUUUUCUGUUGCUUCAUCACUGCAUAAUAAUCAUGUUUAUCUUUUGAAUAUAAAGAGAUGUUCCAUAGCAUGGGGAUGUGUAAAGAAAAAGAUCUUCAAUACAA